ACCUCGGGGCUGCUGCCUCCCCGCGGGACGAGGCCGGGAGCCCGGCGCGUCCUGGGGCUCCUGCGAUGGAGCUCCUUUCGCUCCCUCCUCCCUUCUUCCCUCCUCUCCCCGCCCCGCCGGCUCCCUGCGCAACAGGUACGGGAAGCGACACUGACCUGCGGCGCCGCCCGGCGCUGCGGGAGCGCUCCUGCCCCGGGGAAGCGCGGCCCCGCGGUCCGGGAAGGAGGGCGGCCGGGCGGCUGUGCGGGGCGGUGCGGAGCGGAGCGGAGGCAGGUGCCGGCCGGCCCGGGGCUCGCCCCCCUGGGCGGAGCGGCGGCCCGGCCGGCCCCGGGGCCGGGCGGCUCCCGCUAACCUGCCCAGCUCCCGCGGGGUGGGGCGGGAAGGGCCGCCCCGAGUCCGCGGGGCUGCACGGAAGAGCGUCGGCGUCCCCUCCAGGGAGACCGGGCGGUGGAGAGACAGGGGGAAGGGGCAGAGGAAGAGGAGGAGGAGCAGGAGCAGGCAGCCUCAGCGCAGUGAACCACUCAAGAAUGUCUAUGAUGAUGCAGAAGAGUGUGUGAAAGCAGCAUAUUUCAGCCUCAUCUUCUUUUGUAGAUCAACUUCUGCUACUUGCAGCUUCCCUGAAUAGCCCAUAAAGAUAAGAGGUAUGGAAAUUGGUGAAUGUGGGUUACUGAGGGAGAGGAGCCUGGGGCAUGCACUUACAUUACUCUGUAGAUUGCCCUCUUCAAAGGCAAAAGCUUUUGGAUAAGGAAGCAUACACUUGAAAGUGUACACUCCAAAUUGCCUAGCAUAUUAAUUAAAAUCAGCAAAAAAUUCUAUGGAAUAAAGCACAAUCUUCCAGUGAUAAAAGAUGGCCUUUACAUUCCCUCCUAACAAGUAAGCAACUAACAUUUUCCAAGACACAAAGCACCAGGGCAUCAGUCUCUCUUGGGCCAAGGACAGUAGCAGACCACAGGGUCAAGUUUCUCCUUGUGACUGACCUACUGCUUUGCUACUUGUAUCUGUAGAGAAAGAGAACACCAGCAUCUCUCCCCAUCUUGUGUCUUAGGAAAGUGCCUGGGAAAAAGAGAAAUUUUGUAGAAAUAAGGAUAGUUUUUAUUUAUAAAUGCUUUUUUCACAAAAAACAUUGCUGGUUGUCUUUUAUAGCUUUCACUCUGUGAAUGGGCUUAUACAAAACAUUUAGUAUUUAUUUAAUUUUGAUUACCA